AAUUAUAAGAAAUAUCUGAACUCUAAUCCCAUUGGCUCUGAAAUAUUUGAAAAUUAGAAUAAAUUCUAUAAACAUAAGGAAACAGUCUUCUAAGUGUAACUUUUUAACAGGUGCAGAAAUAAAGGAUCAGUUCAUUGAAAGAUUUAUAUCACACGUAAGAAUAAAUAAUGUAUAGAAAGUACCUUACUUGGGUUGUGUUGUUAACUCUUUGCAAGACAAUAAAAACAAGGAAAGCAGGCUGUCCUCCAGAGGAAAAGAUGCCACGUUGUGUUUGCGACUGGCCUAGAGGAAUAAUCUGUAACGGUAUCAUGAGUCAUCAAGAAUUGAACAUAAUAAUGGAUGCUCUUUCUGAAUAUAAAGUUUCUACACUCAGAUUGAACAGAGCAAUUCUGAUGUAUCUUCCAAGUGGGAUGUUCAAAGAAGUUCCAAUUAGAGCAUUAGACAUUAGAAAAAGUGAUGUUCUAGGCACAGAAAGCGAAGAUGGAUCGGUAAUGUUUGAAGGCGCGGAAGAUAGUUUACAAGUCAUUCGUUUGUUUUCUGUGAAAGGAUUGAAUUCUUGGAGAUGGAUCGUACUUUCCACAUUGAAAAAUCUACAGUUUUUGUAUAUUUUAAGAGGCGAGUUGGGCUACAUCGAUAAAGAUUUUACAAUGGUCGCACCGGAGACAUUAACCCAGUUAAGGCUGGAAUUUUGUGAAAUAAGAAGCCUUGAUAAGCACGCAUUUUCAAAGCACAUAAUGUUAAAGGAACUAAGUUUGCAGGACAACGAAUUAACGGAAAUUAAACGUUCUAUGUUCCCAUUACCAGCUUCACAUUUGAUGGAUUUGCUUCUUGAGUAA